UUUCUUCCUAUCUCUCUCUUCCUUCCACCUGUAGGUAACAUUAUUCAAGUGAAUAACAUUGACCAGAACUCUCCUAACCCAACCCCUUAAGUUGGGACCCAUCACGUGCAAUGGUCCUAUCCCUCCCGGUGGGUCCUUCCAGCCACCAUCACCGUGGAUUUCUUUCCGUGUAAAAUCAUGGACGGUAUAACAAGGGCCCCAUCUCCCCCCACACCCUCUUCCUAGCUCUCUAUGUGCCACAAAACAACCAUCCCUUCAAUCUUAACUCCCUUCCCUUGCUAUAUAUAAACAUUACCACACUCAUUUCAAGCUAACUCAAACAUCUUCCUUAGUCACUUCCUACGUUGUUCUUGUGCCAAAACCUUCCUUUCAUUCUUCAUGGCUAUGGAAGCUUCUAGAAACAUUGAUCUCCGCUUGGGUGAACCCAAAGAGGAGCCGGGAACCGAAGAGGUGGCGGCGGAGAUGUCCAUGUCCAUGUCCAUGCAAGUGAACAAGGCUCAGACACCUCAGAAGAGAGCCUCCACCAAGGACCGUCACACCAAAGUGGAGGGUAGAGGCCGGAGGAUCCGCAUGCCCGCCACGUGCGCUGCCCGGAUCUUCCAGCUCACCCGGGAGCUCGGCCACAGGUCCGACGGCGAAACCAUACGCUGGCUCCUCGAACACGCCGAGCCAGCCAUCAUCGCCGCCACCGGCACCGGGACAGUCCCCGCCAUCGCGAUGUCCGUCAACGGCACGCUUAGAAUACCAACCACAUCCCCCUCCUCCAACAGCAAAAGCCCCGACCCGGAACCCGGAGACCCGAAUGAGAAGAAAAAACGCAAGCGACCCGGUACCGGAGCUGCUGACGUCAGUUUUGGCGACGGCGGCGGUGUUUCCGUUUCGGUAUCGGCAGGGCUAACAACCUCGAACCCGAACCCGACAAUUCCGCAACAAACUGUGAUUCCGUUACCGCAAAACGUGGUCCCCGUGUGGGCCAUACCCUCAAACGCAGUCGUUCCAGCUGGAGGCGCGUUCUUCGUGGUCCCUCCCAUGGCUACCGCAGCGCCAUCAAAUUCGAACCUACAACCUCAAUUCUUCACCAUAGCUCGACCUAUCUCCGCUUUCGUUUCCUCCAUGGUCACCCCGGUUCAGUUUCAACCAGCCUCUUCCUCGUGCUCCGCCGCUCCUCCGUCGAGGGCGACGGUCAUGGCUCCGAGCACCACCACCACCACCACCACGACGCACACGCUGAGGGAUUUCUCCUUGGAGAUUUACGACAGGCAAGAGCUUCAGUUCAUGUCGCGUUCUUCCUCGAAGCAUUGAGAGAAGAAGAAGAAGAAGAAGAAGAAGAAACGUUUGAAUUCGGUUCUGGUUUGUUUUGAGUUCCGCCAUUGACGACGUCGUUUGAGAAAGAGAAGAGAGAACGGCACGUGCGCACGUGAGUGGGAUUGAAAAGAGUGGGGACCACUUGCGUGUGGGGUGUGUGGGUCAACACGAAAAGUGGAGGGGAAGGUGGGGUCCCACUAGUGGUGCUAGCUCCGUGGACCGUGCAAGAGGGGGUACUAGUACUAGAAAUUCCACUACUAGUUAUUUUUCGAAUAAUAAUAACAUUUAUUAGGAUGAGAAUAACCAUUAUUCCAUAGAUUUUUAUUAUUGAUUUUAAGUUACUACGCAUGAAAUUUAUGAAUGAAACUGUACUAUGGACUUAAAAUCACUUAUAAAAAUCUUUUUAUAAUUAAUUAUUGUUUUUCAUCAAUUUUGUGGGAGAUUUUUUCCUGUAGUGAUUAAGUUUUUUGUUGGAUAGGUUACACUGCACCUAUAUAUAUAUAUAUAUUUUUUUUUUGAUAAGCAAUUGAAUAUAUAUAUAUAUAUUUUGUUCUGAAAAAUAUUUUGAUAAUUAAUAAUUUCUCGUGGUAUGCCUAACUUUAUUUUAUUUGUUGGUGAGAUUGGGUCCACCUAAUCGCUUGUGAUGUGGGGUGUGUGCGGGACCCAAUAGGGGAAUGGGUGGACCCCAAGGGACCGUUUUAUGCACGGUUCUCGAGCCGGCCUUUCCAAAGAGGUCCCUACGAGUGCGUGUAAAGGACACGUGUCGAGUGAUGGGUUGUUGACAGGUGGGGCACUACUUUCCAGUUUGACACGUGGUUUUAUUUUCCGAGGGCCUAUGUUGUGGGACACCAACCUCUUUAUUGGCUUUGGUUUGCUUGGGCUGAAGAAAACGUCAAUAAGAUAAUACUCCCUCCGGUCCUAUUUAUAAGGAUAAAAGAGAAGAAAAAUCUUGGUCCUUUUUAUAAGAAUUAAAUGAAAGUUUGAGCUAUAUUAAUUAUUUUUUUCCAAUGAUGCCCUUAUUAAUUCUAGCUUGUAAAAUGUGUCUCAUUAAUUAUUCUCUCUCUUUCCCACUUUCCAACACUAAUAACAAAGGGUAAUUUUGGAAGUUUAUUUUGAUUCAAGACAUAUUUAAUGCAUUUUAUCUAGUUUAA